AUGAAGCAAGGAUCAACCCUUCUUUUUUGUUCUAUGGUGCUGCUAGUGAUGCUUAGCUGUUACCAUGAAGUUGCUGCAGAAGAAAACUCUCAACAACCCCAAGGAUCUUGUGUAAAUUGGAUGGCUGGAGCACCAGGUCACCCAGGUCAUAAUGGAGAAGCUGGGAGAGAUGGACGGGAUGGAAGAGAUGGCCAAAAGGGAGAGAAAGGAGAGCAAGGUACACCUGGUCAAAAGGGAGAUAAAGGAUCCUUAGGAGUUCCUGGCACUAUAGGUCUUCAAGGAGUGCCAGGUAUUUCAGGAUACCCAGGAUCGAAGGGGGAAAGGGGGGAAAGUGCCACUAUCUAUCGAUCUGCCUUUAGUGUUGGCUUAACAUCCAGAGUUUCUUAUAUUAAUAUGCCUAUCAAAUUUACAAAGAUCUUCUACAAUGAACAAAAUCAUUAUGAUACAAUUACAGGAAAGUUCCAAUGCACCACUGCUGGAGUAUACUAUUUUGCAUAUCAUCUUAGUGUAUAUGCCUCAGAUGUGAAAGUUAGUUUAUUCAAGAAGGACACGGCAAUCAUAAUCACCUAUGACCAGUACCAGAAGAAUGAUGUGGAUCAGGCUUCUGGAUCUGUUUUACUCCAUUUGGCAUCGGGGGAUGAAGUUUGGCUACAGUUAUAUGGAGAAGAAGAAAACAGUAGUAUCUAUGCUGAUAAUAUUAAUGAUUCAACUUUCAUGGGAUUUUUACUUUACCCUGAUUUGAAUUAUGAGUGA